CAGCCGGCCAACUACGUAGCAACUCUUCCAGAAGUUCUUCUCCAAACAUCUCAGCAAAUUCUAGUAGCAAUGUCUAAUGGUUUGGUCCUCAUCACCGGCGCCACCGGCAUGGUUGGCUUCCGUGUUUUGGUCUUUGUCUUGCGAGCCGGAUACACUGUUCGCACAGCGACUCGGUCCCAAGAGUCGUAUGAGCGCAUAGCCAGUCUUGCGCCGCUCGCUCCCUACCUCUCACAACUCUCCAACGUCGUUGUACCUGACAUCACUGUUCUGGGUGCAUACAAUGAAGCUGUCAAGGGCGUCACCUACGUCAUCCACGUCGCUAGCCCCAUCAACGAAGGGACUAGCACUGAGAGUUACGAGAUUAGCGUUGUCAAGCCCGCCGUGCGAGGUACCUUGGGUAUGUUGGAGGCUGCUGCCACAGAACCCUCUAUCAAGAGGAUUGUGAUUACGGGGUCUAUUGCUUCUCUUACCUCCAACACCACGCAUUCCGAUGCGUCUUUGACCGAGGAGACCCGGGAUGUCCACAUUACGAGGCCCUUGCAAAGUACUCAAGACGCCUACAUUAUGUCCAAGUAUGAGGCCUUUGAAGCAACCAACACGUUUAUGAGGGAGCAGAAGCCCUCAUUUGAUGUUAUCACCAUCAUGCCCUGUUUUGUCAUUGGACGCGACGACACUGUCACGGAUGCGGCACAGAUUACGAAGGGCACAAACGGUAUUGUCAUGGCGUCGCUUCUAGGCUACCCGCGUCCUGCGCUCUCCGGAAUCCAGGUUCACAUUGAUGACGUUGCUGAAAUGCAUCUGCGCUCUCUUGAUCCGAAAAUCGAAGGUAACCAAAACUUUUUGGCCAGUGGUGAAGACGGCGGUGUUACACAGUGGACAGAUUCCUUUGAUAUCGUCAAGAAGCGGUAUCCUGCGGAACUUGAGGCUGGCAUUUUCAAAUUUGCAGAUGCGAGCGUGGCUGAGACGCUCCAUAUCCCUGUGAGCAACGCAAAGGCGCAAAAAGUCUUUGGCAUCAAGUUCAAGAACUAUGAAGAGCAGGUCAUUUCGGUGAUUGAUCAUUACGUGGAGCUUGUUAAAGCAAAGAAGAACUAA